UGCCAGAGUCUCGCGUGAUGAGACUUUUGGCGUCAGGGUUUUGUUUAAGCCAGGAGGCAAAGGAGCUUGCAAUUAACUGCUUGUGGGAGGUGUAAGUAGCGAUCUGCGACUGCGGGCUGGGGAAAGCGGUACUGUAGGACAGCAUGCUAAUAACCACAACUGAGUGACCGGCUGGGCAGAGCUGGCAGAUACAGCAGUGUUUGUGGGACUGAGGGUGGGCUCUGCUUACAGCAGGAAAAUGCCUCAUUGCUUUGCCUAUGGCUGUACCAACCACAGUGGGAGGCUACCCCCAGCAGUCUCCAUGCAUUCCUUCCCCAAAGAGUUGCCUCUGGCUGAGACGUGGGUGCAUCACUGCCGUACAGAUGUAGGAAAUGUGCAGGAAUUUGUGCGUGACACACUGCUAAAGAGUCCAGGGCACUUUGUGUUAUGUUCAGAGCACUUUGAAGAGGAUAUGUUUGAACUGUGUGGAGACCUAACAUUGCUUCCUUCUGAGACCAAAUACAAGAGAACAAAGUUGAAAGUUAAUGCCAUACCUACUGUCUUUCCCACUGGAGCUCCCAAAAUGCGCAAACAGGCAGAACAUCAUUUGAAAAUACACGAGCGAAAGCAGCUACUUGAUAACCUCUUGGAGCAACAAAAAAAACCCCAACUUGAGGCAGACCAAAUAACCAGCCCAUCCACUUCCCAAGAGUCUGAGUAUAAUUCUUUUCAGGAAAAGGAGGAGGACUGCCGUCUUUAUCAUCCAAGGAAACCUCAGUUAUUGAGGAGGAAACUGCUUCCCUUGAAGUCACAAUAUUUGAAGAAAUGUUUUACACCUGUACCAAGAGCUCUACAGAGGAAAACUCCCACCACAUUUAACAGAAUAGCAGUAUAUUUUUCUGACGAAGAGUGGGAGAUGCUGGAAGAAUGGCAGAGGGAUCUCUACAAGAACAUGAUCAAAGAGAACUCUGAAGCCUUAACUUCAUUAGACUACUCUGUCAGUCCAAAUAUUCUUCUAAACAUUAAAGACGAGGAUGUGAAGCACUAUACAUCUAAUUCAUCACCAGAUGAUGUGGAGCAAGCAAAAAGUCCAAAGACAGAAGAUCAUACAUUCAUGAAUCAUGAUGUUUUUUCAAGAAUAAAGCAAGAUCGAGUGCCGUAUUUAGAUGGCAGUCCAGAUUCUGAGGAAGGAGAGCUAAAUGGUUAUCUAAGCUCAUACAAUGUUCCAAUUAGUACCAGUAUAGAAGAGGAUAAUUUUGGCAUGUGGAGCGGAGCUCUGAGUGUUCAAGAACCAGUUUCCCAGUGUUACAGUAGCAGCAUUACCAAUGAUAUAUAUUCUGCUUCAAAAUGGAAAACAAUAAAUGUUUCCCCAAGUAGCUUUUUUCGGCCUAUUGCCCCCAAACAGGAUUUUACCAGUCCAAAUUCCCCCAGACUGGGAGGACCAAUGGAUUUAAGACCUUAUAAAUGCUCCGCAUGUGACAAGAGCUUUACUGUUAAAUCUAACCUAAUUAAGCACCAUCGUAUCCAUACAGGGGAGAGGCCAUACAAAUGUACUCAUUGCUCCAAAAGCUUUAGCCGCAAUUCUCACUUGAUCACUCACCAACGAACUCACACUGGAGAGCGGCCAUAUAAGUGUAAUGAGUGUGACAAGAGCUUUAUCCAGAACUCUGUGCUCAUUCAACACCAAAGGAUCCACACUGGCGAGAGGCCUUUUAGAUGUGAUGAAUGCAACAAAAGCUUUAGUCAAAAAUCAUGUCUUAUCCGUCACCAGAGAACUCACACAAGAUAGGAUUUCUGCAACUUGGCGUAAGAAAGACCAUUGUAAUUUUGGGUAACUAAAGAGCAAUUUCAAACGUGAUGUGGAAGAACACAAGCAAUACAAAGACUGUCAAUCACUUUGGCUUAGAGAUCACACCAAGGAUGCAGGUUAAUGGGACAAUAAACCUUAUUAUUGGUAUAGCCAUAAAUUCAAAUAAAUACUUUUUUAUAGAAAGUAGCUUGCUUACAUUUUAUCAUAUAUCUGAGUAGCUGCUAGAAGCUAAAUGUGGAAAUAGAUUGAAGGCUAAACAACUCAAGUUUCUGUGAGUCCGUUAAGUAUUCUUUUCUAAAUGAUAAUACUUGAAAUGUAUUUAUAGGGGAUUUUCACCUCUACAUUAUCCUUAAUUAGGUAACUUUGUUGUCUAGAACAGUGUUGUAUAAUAUUUUAUAUGUUGUAGGCUGUUCAGUUAUCCACUAUUUCACAUGUUUGGAGGUUGAAUUUGUCAUAAAACAUUGAUGUCUUACAAUGACGUCUCUAGAGAUCUUGGGCAUGCUUGGGAUCACAAAAUCUAUUGGGUGGCCACAUGCAGGCUGUGAAUAUUCAGUUGGACAGCAGUGGUCAAUAGAAUUUGGUAACAAAUGCCUAUUGGCUCUCUUAGGUACUCUUAUAAGACCAUCCUGGAAGUCAAUUAGUACAAUAUUUGGUGAGCACUUAUUUGAUGUCAUAGAUUUUCUUGGGAUUAUGGCUUAAUGGUUGAAACACCAAUUUUUUCAUGUGUUUAAACAUUGAUCAAAUGUUGGGCUUUAAAGGGGUGCUUGAUCCAUAAAGUCUGACAAACACUGAUCUAGAUGGUAGUUAACAAAGUAGAUCUGAGGACUUAGUGUAAAAUAAUUAAACUACAUUUUUUUUUUCAGGGACCAAAAUUGUAAUGUUGCCUUCUCUUUAUCUAGAGUGAUGGACAGAGCUUCAAAUCGAUAGCUGCAGGACCGUAAUAAAAAGAAAAGUUAAAUACGGGGGGACUCGGAAAGGAUACAGCUAUCUAGACAAUAAAAGCAAAAAAAUAGCAUAAUUUCUUUGGUGAAAUAAUAUUGAAUGCUCCAGCCACUGGUAUUUUGUUCUACCAGCUAUUAACCACAGAGUGUGAUCAUGUAGUGACCGUUUUUAAAAUAAAAAAUAACCCUGGGUAGUCUGCAGAAUUAAAUAGUUUUUAGUAUAGUUAGCCAAAUAUAUAAUCUAUAAAUGCUACUGUAAACAGGUAGUUGUUCUGUGUAAUCACAAACACUAUUUAAAGUGAAUCAAUUUAAAUUCAGCGAAAUCCUUCUACUUUUUGGUCAAAAGUCAUGCAGAUUCAUCAAUGUAUAAAUUCGAAUCCCGAAAUGGGUAAAAUUCGGAUUAGAUAUGAUAAUUCCUGAUGAUCGGAAAUGUCACAAAAAUGCUUACGAAAAAAUCGUAAAAGUCACAAUAAUAUCGUAUUGGCGAUCCAAAAGUCACAAAAUUCGUAUCUGGUUCGUAUCCGAACGAUCAGAAACGGCAGAAAAACCUUUCUGACUUUGAUCCCUGUGUGCAUGAUUUUGGAAGCCUCCCAUAGGACUCAAUGGCACUCUGCAGCUCCAACCUGGCCCAAGGAAAGUCACGAUACUGAAACUUUAAUGAAACCGAAGCUUUCGUAUUCGGUGCCAUAAAUAUGAUUUUGUUGCAUAAAAUGUUGCAAAGUAUGAAACAGUUCUAUAAAUUAGAAAAACUAUGAAUUUUUUGUAUUCAGAAUAAUUCGUACUUUGGUAAAUGCCCCUUAAACUGCGUUUAUUAGUUCUACUACUUUAUUUUUCUGUCCAACCUCCUUUGAACUGUGGGUUGUGGGAUAAGCAAGCUCUCAUGUAUAAAACCUUAUAACUUUAAUGAUAAAAUCACAGAAUGUUAUGCACUCACAGGCAUGUUUAUAUAAUGCACCUUUCAAGAGUUUCUCCACACAAAGUUUGCUGCAUUCUGCAGCACUUUCUUUCUGGCUCACAGCUGGUUCCCUGUGGACACUAUUACUCUGCAUUUUUUUUUACCACUGCUAAUGGGUUUCAUCAACUUCCGACCUUCUCUGAUUGCUCAAAGAGUUACUACAUGGUUACACAGUGUGGUUAAUAGAUUUAAGUAGAGUUGGUAGACCAACACACUAGAGGACAAAGUGUAAAAUAUUGUUUUGCCAACAGUAUCUUUUGUUUUUUUUUUUGUUGUGUAGGUAUUUUUAUCCUUUGUUGGGUUUUUUUUUUUUUUAGGGGACCUGUCACCCAGACAUAAGUCCUUUUCAAAUUAAACAAGAUACCUGAAUUCAUUUUUAUAUUAAAAUUGCAUUUUAAUUGCACAUGCUCAGAAAGAAUAGCUUUGAAAUGUGCAACGCUAAAGUUAAUUCCAAAGGGAAGAGGAAGAGUGAGUGAGCAAGGAAGAAGGGAUGCACAAUGAUUAAGGGGAUGCUGCAGCUUUACUGUGAAACUUUGCAAAUUAUAAAUACCUGUCACUGUAGUCAUUCAAAGAGGAUUUUUCAUCAUUUGAUUCCUGUGUAGGGGGUUUACAUGUCCUUUAAGAGUAUAUUCUUCAAGGAGAUUUUCUUUAAACCCUCAAAUAUUUAUACAAAAUUAAGAAAACUAGGUUUUGGUUUGGGUUUUUUUUUUUGUUCAGGUGAUUGCAGCGAUAAAUAUUUAAUAGAUUUUGGUCAAUGCUAUUACAAAUUAUGUAAUGAAAGUAGAAAAUUACAAAAUCACAUGCCCCUCUCUACCACCAGGCUUUGUAGUUGUCUAUGUACCUAUGAACCAGCUGUAGCCACACCAAAUGCUCACCAGUUCUAUUACCCUGAACCCAGUGCUCACCAGUUCUAUUACCCUGAACCCAAUGCUCACCAGUUCUAUUACCCUGAUAAGUGCAGAGACUGUUUUUGUUUUGUUUUUUUAUAUAAUUUUGAAUUACUGUUAACCAUAUACCUUCAUCUUCUUUCAAUCAAAAGUAUUUUAUUUUUCUCUUGUGUUAUAUAACCCAAUCAUUAUAGCUGAACUAGAACAAUAUUCCUAUUAGUCUUAAGAACAUUGUAAUAUUAUGUUUGACAAAUGCUGAUUUUUUUUGUUUUUUUGCAGGAUUUCCGAGGAAACCACGAACUACCUUAGUUUGUUACAUAUAUUGUAAAUAGUCACCAAUAGAUACAAUUACAGGAAUAAUGUUUUAUUGGUGGAUAGUUAAUGUGCUGGCACAGCUAUAUUAUACUGACUAACUGUAAAAGUAUUUCUGCAGGGCUCUGAGUAAUUGUUUCCAUGUCUGAAAGAGAGAGACUUUAUUCAUGCACUACUUGAUAAAACCAAGCUUUUUACUAUGGACUUGGGGGCCCAGAUUUAAUAUCUAUGUAUCUACUGUGAUACACGUGAAAAAACAUGAAAGAGAAGUCUUGUGUUAACUUGAGAUUUUUUUUCAAGCAGGUUUCUUUCUUCCACGAGCGUAGUUUUUCAAAAAACAACAAGCUCAUUGCUAAAAUUAGGUCAACUUUUUUGAUUGUGGAAAAAAAUGUGCCUGUAGGAAAAAAUUCUUCAAGGAAUAAAAAUCGUGCAAGAAAAUGUAGUUAAUAUUAAGAUCUCUCGCUUUUUCUUAGGGCAAUAGAUAAUAAAUCUGGCACCAAUAUCAUAGUACUUUGCACAAGUGAACUUAUAUAUGCAAAUAACUGUCCCUACAGAUAUAUUCAGCACUUACGUUUUCUGAACAUUAUUUGGAUUAUGAAGUGAAUGUAAUGGGGUUUGUUUUCCUUUAUGCUUGUUUCAGACUGUUUUUUUGACAAUACAAAUACAACUUUUUAAAUAUUUGAAAAGUAACAUAAUUUUGUAUUAAAUACAGACCUGUUUUAAAACUU